AGCCGCGGUUUUAUAACCGGUUACAGGGUUCGAUUCAUCCCCAAAUCUGAAUCAAAAAUUUCCUUCUCUCUAAAUAUCCCUGGUGACUUCCUCCUCCAGAUCUACAUUGUUUCUCCAAAAAUUUGUGAGUAUCUUCCUCGAAUUUAAUCUUUUACUCGCGUUCUUGCUAUUUUUUCAAAAAAUUCCGAGUUGAAGCAUGAUCUCUGUUUUUAAUCGUUUUUUAUGCAAUUUUUUGCUGUGAAUCAGUGUUUAGACAUAUAUUCUUGCUUCUAGAACACUUAGAUCAUGAUAUAAUGCGUUAUUUUUUCCUAAUCUGUGAUCUGUACCUCAUUACAUAUGGAAUUUCGGGAUUUUUGAUAGAAUGUCAUGUUUUAGUGAAAAAUCUUGCUUGAAUUAGUUAGAAAUAGUGUUGUUAUGCAUUCUAAUAUUAUUAGAAAAUUUUCCACUAUUUUUACAGAUUUUUAUUGAAAUAAUGUUCAUGCAAGGUUAUUUUUGUGAUAUUCUCGCUCGUGCUGAUGCUGUUGGUACUUAUGGCCGCGGGGAGAGGUCGUGGUCGUGGGAGAGGCCGUCGAGGGGCUUCUAAGAGGACUCGUACUGUCGACGAGUCACCAGGUUCUGAUCCGGAUUAUCAGGCGAGCUCCCCGGAGGCGGCUGAAGAGCCAACUGCUCGAAUUGAUAAAGGAAAGGGAAUAGCUGCUGAAUCCUCCCGCAGAGGUGGUUCUCGUGUGUGGGAAACUCGCUCAAAGCAAGCCGCGGAAGUUCAACCGGAGCGGCGGAAGACGUUUUCAAGCAGAUCAUGCAUAGCGGAGCGAUAUGUUAACUUCAAUGAACUCAUCCAGAACAGAAGGUUCCGGAGUUUGGACGAUUGCUUCAGAGGGUCCCCAUUGAGCCCGUUGUACGGGUUCCUGCACGUGCUCCAUUUUGUGUGGAACUCAUUCGGGAGUUCUACAUGAACGGAAAGGUUCUUGCUGAAGAUAAGGAGACCGGGACUUAUCUUUUUGAGACCUUUGUGCGUCAGCAGAGGGUUCUAGUCACUCCUCAACACUAUUGGAGAGCUCUUGGGGAUGCACGUUGACACCACGGGCCUUCACUAUACAACUGGAAUUUAUCAGUCUUCAUCUCACUAGGAGACUGUUGUUCGUACAAUCUGCAAGGAUGGAAUGAGGACGAAUCAUGCCUAUGUGGAGUCCAAGGACUUGCGACUAGAGUAUUAUCUUUUGUCCUUGGUAAUGUACUACAAUGUUCAACCAACGAUUGGGACCAAAAGGAUUCGAUGGGAUCGAUUAGUUCUUCUAUAUUUCCUUGGACAUCCUGAGCAAGCGUACGGAUUGAACAUUAAUGUUCCAUUCCUUGUGUGGCAAAGAAUGACACAUGUUAUACAGUCUUCAGUACGACGUGAUCUACUUCCAUUUUCGUUAUUGAUCACAAGGAUUCUGCAAGAAAAUGGAGUAGAUGUAUUGUGUGAGAAGUAUGAUCAAGGCCUUGGACCAAUUGAUGCAGUAACGUGGGCCAAGUCUGUAGGUAUUUUGAAGACUUUUCAGCAGACUAAGGGAUCUUCCAGAGGAGCUUCGAGUUCCGCACCUCCACCUCGUGCAGAGCGUAAAGGAUCUUCGAGUUCAGGGGGAGUGAUUACUGUGGAAUCACUUCACCAUGAGGUGCGAUCCUUAAAGAAGAAGGUGGUGCAACUUGGAAAAAGGAUGGAAGAAGGGAUGAAAAGGAUUAUGGAAAAACUGGGAUGUCGACAUGACGACGUAUUUCCUACCUAUACUACCUAUACGAGAUCAACAUUGAGACAUCCACUCAUUCCACCGUCCACUGGUGCUCCUGAUGUUGGAGGAUCUGGAGCUGGAGCAGGCGAUGAUGAUGAUGAGGACACUGAGUGAUGUCGUCGUCGAGCUUUGUUUCUUUAUUUUAGGACGAUGUUUGCUUUGCUUAGUUUUUGCUUCUCUUUACUUUGCUUGCUUUUGCAUUUGCUUUAGGCCUGUAACUAUGACUUGACUACUUUUUUGCUUUCUAGUUGGUUUUCUCUCUAUAUGCAUUGUUUUGGCAACUUUUGACAAAAAGGGGGAGAACAUAGAUGAACAGGUGUUGAUCAAAGCAGAGGGAGAAGUCGUGAACAAAAGGGAAGAAGUCGUGAAGUUUCGAGGAAAAUGACAUUAAAGGAAAUCAAUACUUCAAGGCUCCUAGUUGCGUCUAAGUCAUAG